ACAGGAAGCAUGUGGUAGCUGUCGAAAAUGAGCAGGAAAGUCGUCUGCUGCUUCUGUAAGAGUUUACAGGCAGCUCUGCAAAGGCCUUCUGUGCGACAGCUGGCUGGUCGCAGUUUUUCAAAGCCACCAGAUAUAGGCCGUCAAACUAGUUUCUCAGGUAGAAGUCACACAUGUGGGGAAUUAACAAAGACUGAUAUAGGGAAACAAGUGACUAUUUGUGGCUGGGUUCAGCACCAAAGGCUUCAGCAAUUUGUGGUCCUACGGGAUUGGCAUGGAUUGACACAAGUUAUCAUUCCAGACGAGAAGAAACCUGCAGUUCCAGAUCUGGCAUUGGAAUCCGUUAUCCAAGUUACAGGUCUGGUGCAAGAAAGACCAGAUGGCCAACAAAAUACAAAAAUGCCAACAGGUGAAAUAGAAGUUGUAUUAAAAGACAUCCAGGUACUGAACGAAUGCAAACCUAACCUUCCGUUCAAUAUACAAGACUUCCAUAAGGUAAAAGAAGCGUUACGUAUGGAAUAUCGUUAUCUGGACUUGAGAAAUAAAGAUCUCCAGCGAAAUUUGAGGCUACGAUCAGAGAUGGUGAUGAAAAUGAGAGAAUUUCUCUGUAAUCAAAAUGGAUUCGUGGAUGUGGAAACCCCGACCUUGUUUAGACAAACACCAGGGGGAGCCAAAGAGUUUGUUGUGCCGUCACGAUUUGCAGGAAAAUUUUAUACUCUUCCACAAAGUCCGCAGCAGUUCAAACAGCUGCUAAUGGUGGGAGGAAUAGACAGGUACGUCCAGAUUGCCAGGUGUUACCGUGACGAGGGAAGCAAACCUGAGAGACAGCCUGAGUUUACACAGGUAGACAUUGAAAUGUCAUUUGUCAACCAGGACAAUGUACUGGACUUGGUUGAGCACAUGCUGGUACAUUGCUGGCCAGAGUCCAAGGGGAGACUAUCCAUCCCUUUCCCAAGAAUGACUUACCAUGAAGCCAUGGCCAAAUAUGGAGUUGACAAGCCAGAUACAAGAUUUGACAUGCAGAUUUGUGACGUCACAGAUAUCAUAAGGGAGAGCAAUCUUGAGACUUUUAGGCCAUUGCUGGAUCAGCCGUCUGCUAGCAUACAAGCCGUCAAUAUCACAGGAGGAGCUCUCCACUUCAGUAAUAAAGACAUUUCCAGUUUGCAGUCUGUGGUGCAGGAGAAUUCAGCUGAGAAAAUCUUCAAAGUGAUCAAAGUGAAGGAAGAUGGUAGUCUUCAGUCUCCGUUGGUGAAGCAUCUCCGUGCAGAUGAUGUCAGCAGGCUCAAAGCAACCCUAAAGCCCCUGAGUGGAGAUCUAAUACUGUUGUCUGGUGGAAACCAGUUUGAACCGCACUCUGUGUUGGGUAGAUUGCGAUUAGAAUGUGCCAGUUUACUAGAGUCAAAAGGUGUUGAGGUGCGGAAGAAAGCAGAUUUCAACUUUUUAUGGGUUGUGGAUUUUCCUCUGUUUUUGCCUAAGGAGGGAGGGGGCGUGGAAUCCGCUCACCAUCCAUUCACAGCUGCUCACCCAGAUGACGCUCACCUCCUGACUACUCACCCCAAUCAGGUCAGAAGUCAGCACUACGAUCUGGUGGUAAAUGGCAGCGAGAUUGGAGGCGGGUCAAUCCGAAUACACAAUGCCGAUGAACAGAGAUUCGUGCUGGAGAAAGUACUUCAGGAGGACUGCAGUGAACUGUCUCACCUGCUGGAUGCCUUAGAGUCUGGGUGUCCCCCUCAUGGAGGAAUAGCAUUAGGUCUGGAUCGUCUUAUGGCCGUAGUGUGCGGAACUCCAAGUAUUCGUGAUGUAAUAGCCUUCCCCAAGUCACAUGAUGGCAAAGAUCCAAUGAGUAAAGCCCCGGCGGUAGUGUCUCAGGAGGAGUUGGAUGUGUAUCACAUACAGAUAAAGGACACAUAGCACAAUGUGCUGUAAUAGAAAUAGCUAGUGUAUACUGUGUGAGAAAUAGCCUCCUCUUCUGUGUGAGAAAGUCCCCUC